CCUGCCUGUGCAGCAGCUGAAGAACUAUGGAAUGGAUUUUAUAGACCAAAACCCUUAGUUAAAAUUGCUCAAAACCUUUUCAGUUACUGCCUAGCAACAAAGGAGGAAGGAAGGAAAAGAGGGAGGGAGAGAUAAACCUCAUUACUGAAUGCAACUGAACCACUACAUUCUAGCACUUGCUGCUUAACAUUAUCGCUAGAAAUAUGGAUACUGAGAAGAGAAUACAGCACUGCAUUGUCCGACAAGGGAAAUACCAGAUGUAAAAGCUUCAAUGCAUCAAUUGUCAGGAAAGACAACCCUCCUCGGAACACAAGCAAGAGCUACUGUUCUUUCAUUUGAAAGAUGAACAAAAGAUCUCAAGAAAUGGACACUUAUAAGCAAGGAAGGUAACACAGCAACGAGCAGACAGAUGGACAGAUUGGAUAUCGUGAAAAGCAAUCGCAGGAAGCAGACGUUUGGGGGAUGUGCGCAUGUUCGAUAGCAUCUUUUUUGCUGAAGUGAUGGUGUGCCAAAACUAUUUUCAGUGGGCAUAAUCCUCUCAACGUAAAUGGCCUAACCAAGGAAGCAGGGUGACCCUUUUGCAGAGAAUUACUCAAUGUGAAUAUAACAGAAGAUGAAUACCAAAGAAUAGCAGUGGAUUCAAAAGGAAAGGAAAAAGCAUUUUGUUCAACCAUUAUCUCACAUCCCAUUGUUGGAUAUGUACAACAUGCUUCAGUGGAGAAGACGACACUGCUGUUUUGCAAAAAUGACGUGGAAUACCAAAAGGUCUCUGUUUCGCACCCAUCUUAUUGGUCUGCUUUCUCUCGUCUUUCUUUUUGCUAUGUUUCUGUUCUUUAAUCAUCAUGACUGGCUGCCAGGCAGGGCUGGAUUCAAAGAAAAUCCUGUGGCUUACACUAUUCGAGGAUUUAGGUCUACAAAAAGUGAAACAAACCACAGCUCUCUGAGGAAUAUUUGGAAGGAUACAGUCCCUCAGACUCUUAGGCCUCAGACAGUUACUAAUUCCAACAACACUGACCUGUCACCACAAGGAGUAACUGGUUUAGAGAAUACACUCAGUGCCAAUGGAAGUAUUUACAAUGAGAAAGGUACUGGACAUCCAACUUCAUAUCAUUUUAAGUAUAUAAUAAAUGAGCCCGAAAAAUGCCAGGAGAAGAGUCCUUUUCUAAUACUACUCAUAGCUGCAGAACCAGGUCAAGUGGAAGCUAGACAAGCUAUUCGGCAAACGUGGGGUAAUGAAAGCCUGGCACCGGGUAUCCAAAUUGUUCGCAUUUUUUUGCUGGGCUUAAGCAUUAAACUAAAUGGAUACCUCCAACGUGCCAUACUGGAGGAAAGCAGACAAUACCAUGAUGUUAUUCAACAAGAAUAUUUAGACACUUAUUAUAACUUAACUAUUAAAACUCUUAUGGGAAUGAACUGGGUUGCCACCUACUGUCCAAAUGUUCCCUAUGUUAUGAAAACUGACAGUGAUAUGUUUGUCAAUACUGAGUAUUUAAUACAUAAGCUUCUGAAGCCAGAACUGCCUCCAAGGCACAAGUAUUUUACAGGUUACCUAAUGAGAGGGUAUGCACCUAAUAGGAACAAGGAUAGCAAGUGGUAUAUGCCACCUGAUCUGUAUCCAAGUGAGCGUUACCCCGUAUUCUGCUCAGGAACUGGUUAUGUCUUUUCUGGAGAUUUGGCAGAAAAGAUAUUUAAAGUCUCUUUAAGCAUCAGACGCUUGCACUUAGAGGAUGUAUAUGUGGGGAUCUGUCUUGCCAAGUUGCGUAUUGACCCUAUGCCCCCACCCAAUGAGUUUGUCUUCAAUCACUGGCGAGUUUCUUAUUCCAGCUGUAAAUAUAGCCACCUAAUUACCUCCCAUCAGUUCCAGCCUAGUGAACUGAUCAAAUACUGGAACCACUUACAACAAAAUAAGCACAAUGCCUGUGCCAAUGCAGCAAAAGAAAAAGCUGGCAGGUAUCGCCAUCGUAAACUGCAUUAAAAAGGACAAUACUCCCUCUAUAAAAGUAUCCCAUGUGCAAUUUGUAAAUAUUGCUGAAAGCAUGUACAGUGAAAAUGGAUGAGCUUAAUGGGACAGUCUUUAGUUAAGCCCUCAUCACAUAAUGGAGUUUGAAAAUUAUUUUUUUAAUUUUAGAAGAGUAUAAUUCUUGAAGAUAGUAAUAUUAUGAAACUAUAACCAAAAGGUUUUCCAAACAAAUUUGAGGAAAAAAGAUGGUAUACAAGGAUUUUUCUGUGUUAAUGUGCAAUAAGCAGCAUGCACACUUUGGUGGUACACUUGCUAUUUUAUGUGCCAAUAAAAUAUAAUUGAGCAUA